UAGAUCUUUGUGGUAGAGUAUUGUUUAUGAAAAGUGGCGUCCAGAAAGUUGCGGAAAUAUGCGCUUCGAAGAGUUAUUGCGUUGGAACUAUUGACUGUUCGAAGCUAACAACCGACUUUGGAAAGCGUUAUAAAGGUGCGACUAAUUGUAUUACAUCAUGCUGUGAUGAAGACAACUGUGACCCGCCAGCUCCUCUGAAAUGCUACGAAUGUCAAGGAAAAGGAAAGACGUGUAAAACAAAUAGUAUCAGCUGUGGAUAUAAAGAAGAUCGGUGUCUGAGGAUCAACUACAAGGUCGGUGAAGAUCUGAUGACUGACGAGCGUUGUUACCAGUCUUCGCGUUGUUCAAAUUCUUCAGAGAUUUGUGAUUUAGUAAAGAAGAAUAACCAAACGGUUAAAGAGUGUAAAACGUCAUGUUGCAAUACAGAAAAUUGUAACGCAAUUAUCAAAUUUUGUAAUUCUUUUGGCGUGCCUCCUAUUGCCAGCUUUCUUUUGAUUGCCUCUUUGUUAAUACUUGUUGAAAUACUCAAACUCUGA